UAAAUACUGAUUUGUUUUUCCCACCACAAUUGCUGUCCCGCUGAAGUUGCUCAGGGCUGGCGUAACACCUGCACAUUCCCAUGAACAGUGCAGUGCGGGCGCUUUUCUUCUGUCGGACACUGAAGGAAAUGUCAGUCCACUAGUAAAGACAGUUGGGCAUAUACAAGAAAGGAUAGCCUACGCUCACAAGAGGCUUGGUGAAAGGAUAAUUGAAAAUCUGCAUCUGGCUCGUACAAUUGCAUUUUGUAUUUUGCUCAGAUAAUUAGAAUCUUACUUCCUGAUCUUGUAGGUAGGCGAAUGAUAUAUGAUCAGGUGAAGACAACUGCAAAAUCCGAAAACAGGAUAUUUAUUUGUGUACUACAGGCCUACUAAAAUUAAAUAUACGGCACAAGACAAGUUGCCUUAUUGUCAGUUUGUGCGGGGCGUACAGGAGCCUGGUGCGUUUUUCGCAGAGUAGUCUACACGUUGCUGACAGAAUUUCUGAAGAAAACAAGAGGAACUUUGGACGAGUUUCUUAUACUACUAAAGUCGAAGGAAACGCUAUGCAAGCGCACUGAAGCAGUUUGUUGCAUGCAUAUGGAAUAGAGCAGAAGAAUGGCUCACUGUAAUCAACUUCGAUCAUCCUCUUCAAGUGAUGUCAACCUGGGUCCUUCAGACAACCCUCAUGCCAGACCUACAGACUUUGAUUUCCUUGCUGUGAUCGGAAAAGGAACAUUUGGAAAGGUGCUUCUUGCUAAACGGAAAUCAGAUGGCAAAUUCUACGCUGUGAAAGUUUUGCAGAAGAAAAUAAUACUGAAGAAAAAAGAGCAAAAAAACAUCAUGGCAGAGAGGAAUGUGUUGCUCAAGAGCUUGAAGCAUCCUUUCCUGGUGGGCCUUCACUACUCCUUCCAGACCACAGAGAAGCUCUACUUCGUCUUAGAUUAUGUCAACGGAGGAGAGUUGUUCUUCCACUUGCAGAGGGAGCGUUGCUUCCCAGAGCCACGUGCUCGCUUCUACACCGCGGAGGUGGCCAGCGCCAUUGGUUACCUGCACUCCCUUAACAUUGUUUACAGAGAUCUGAAACCAGAAAACAUCCUUCUGGACUCAAUGGGCCAUGUGGUGCUUACUGAUUUUGGCCUUUGUAAAGAAGGGAUAGAACCGGAGUCAACCACCUCUACUUUCUGUGGGACCCCAGAGUAUCUGGCUCCAGAGGUGCUGAAAAAGAAGCCUUAUGACCGCACGGUGGACUGGUGGUGUCUUGGAGCUGUAUUCUAUGAGAUGCUCUAUGGCUUGCCACCCUUCUAUAGCCGAGAUGUAUCUGAGAUGUAUGACGCAAUCCUACAUAAGCCCCUGAGCCUGCCAGGGGGCAGAAGCCCAGCAGCUUGCGAGCUGCUGAGUGGACUUCUGCAGAAAGACCCCCAACGCCGUCUGGGAGCCAUUGCUGACUUUCUGGAGGUUAAAAAUCACACAUUUUUUGCUGCCAUAAAUUGGGAUGACUUGUACCACAAGAGAAUUACACCCCCAUACAGCCCAAAUGUGAAAGGCCCUGCGGAUACCCAGAAUAUUGACCCAGAGUUCACCCAAGAGGCAGUGUCCAGUUCCGUGGGGUGCACUCCAGACCUCUCGUCCAGCUUUGCCAGCAGCAGCUCUGGUGCUUUUGUGGGCUUCUCCUAUGUCCAAAGUGAAGACAACUUCCUCUAGGGGCUACCUAACCAUCACAACCCACAUCAUUCAGGUCUUUCUUAUAAGAAACUGGGCAUUUGGCCAGACUGACCCCACUUUUCAAGAUGUAUUGGGGACAAAAAAGCUUUGAUGAUCCAUCUCGCUAUGAAAUACUGCCUUCUUUUGCAAGCAUGUAAAAGCAAAUUGAGCAUCAGUUUGUUUUGGAUUUUUCAUUUCAUCGACUUCUUUCAACAUGAGGAGCACUAUGUCUAAUGAAUGUUGGAAGACUAAGAGUGGAAUAAGCCAAAAUAAAAUCAUAACUUUACUAUUCUCUCAUUUCAAAUGGAAUAAAAAAAAACAUAUUAAAGUAUUACAUUGAUUUGUUCAGCUAAUAAAGUAUUUAGCAGUCAUAUUAUAUGCUUUACACUUCAUGUAUACAUUUUUGAGAAAUUAUGGAUAUGGAGUCUGGAGAUUAUGACUUCAAAAUGCAAACAACACCACCAAGUGUAUAUGCUUUACACUUAAUGGAUGCCUUUCUGGGAAAUUGUGGAUAUGGAGUUUGGAGAUUAUGGCUUUAAAAUGCAAACAACACCACCAAAAUAUGACCGUGCCUUCAAUAUUAUAGAUUAAGUUUAGAGGAUCUUACGUUUGAAAGCUAUACGUGCAUCUGUAAAGCAUUCUUGUCAGAGGUUGGCAAGGAGUUAUGAGCAAGUGAAAUUUUGGUGCCAGAGAUUGAACAUGCAGUGAUGAAUGGUUGAUCUGUCUUAAAAUGUUUGUUUAGCACUUACUCAAAGCAUGGAGGAGUUAACUGAUAUUCAUCAGUUCAAGUGUUGUCAAUCUAAUGUUGUGUGUACAGGAGCUGAUACUUCUUGAAUGCAUGGUUUUGUUCAAAUUUAUGAGGUAUUUUUUUUUUCCAGAAAACUUACUUAAUAGGAUACGUAAUGUACAUGUAUGGCAUAGGCAAUGUCAGAAACAUAUGCAGUACAUGUUUCAGACUCAGUUUUUGUUCUGAGUAUUACUACUAAGGCAUUAAGACCAUUUGUAGAGGUAUGAAGUUUAAUAACUAUGGCAAUAAUUUGUCAUGUUAUUAUGGUGUAUUUGUUUCCAUAAGGCUUGUUUAAAUCAAGUGGUACAUAUUUUUUUACUUAUUGGAUUUGGGGAAAUAUAGCAACUGCUGUACAGUUCAUUUGAUAAAAUCUAGAGCACUCCUUUGUCACUAAGGUAUGCUUUAAAAGUUAAUCAUUGUUAAAAAACACAUUUACUUCCUGAACACUCUCCAAGGACAUUCCCACAUGGAAUGAAGUCAACAGAGACAGCUGAUGUGGGACUAAACAAUAGGAAGUUAAAUGUUUUUGAUUUUGUACUGUAUAUUGGGCAUGUGUAUGUACUCUAUGUUGGACACAUGUAAAUUGUGUUCUGAGCAUCCUGGCAUUUGAUACAUUUUCUGAAACUAGGCUAUAUUUUAUUAUAAUAAAACACAACAUACAGUGA